AUGGCAGAAGCUGAAGGCAGGCUACCGUUAGUGAACCUGCAGUCUGCCUCUCUGUGUGCUGCAGGCGGCUGUGCUCAGGCCGAGGAGGACGACCCGGCUCUGUUCCGGGGCAGCGGCGUCUGCAAGUGGUUCAACAUGAGGAUGGGCUUCGGGUUCUUGUCCAUGAGCAGCAGGGACGGAGCUCCUCUGCAGACACCGCAGGAUGUGUUCGUCCACCAGAGCAAACUGCACAUGGAGGGCUUCCGCAGCCUCAGAGAAGGCGAGGCUGUGGAGUUCACCUUCAAAAAAUCAUCCAAAGGGCUGGAGUCUAUAUGGGUUACUGGGCCCAAUGGAGCACCAUGUCUGGGCAAUGAGAGGAGACCGAAGAGUGCUCAGAAACGACGCUCCAAGGGUGACAAAUGCUACAACUGUGGAGGACCAGGCCAUCAUGCCAAAGAGUGUCAGCUGCCCCCUCAGCCCAAAAAGUGCCAUUUCUGCCAGAGCAUUUCCCACAUGGUGGCCAGCUGUCCAGUCAAAGCACAACAGCAGCAGCAGCAGCAGCAACAGCAGCAGCAGCUGCCCAUGAGCAAGCAAACUCAAUAUGCUGUGAUGUAA